CAUCAAAGAUCCAGCCGCCCCGCCCCGCCCCGCUACGCUAUAACUCGCCGCUCCCUACCGCGGAUCGAGCCAACUCACCCCCAAACCCAGCAAGCACGAUGGCCGGCACGUGCGCCCACGUCGAGUUCCUCCGCGCGCAGCCGGCGUGGGCGCUGGCCCUCGCGGCCGUCGGCCUCCUCGUCGCCGCCCGCGCCGCCCUUCGCCUCGCCCUCUGGGUCUACGCCGCCUUCCUCCGCCCCGGCAAGCACCUGCGCCGCCGCUACGGGCCCUGGGCCGUCGUCACCGGCGCCACCGACGGCAUCGGCCGCGCCAUCGCCUUCCGCCUCGCCGCCUCCGGCCUCGGCCUCGUGCUCGUCGGCCGCAACCCGGACAAGCUCGCCGCCGUCUCCCAGGAGAUCAGGGCCAAGUACCCCAAGACCGAGGUCCGCACCUUCGUGCUCGACUUCGCCUCCGAGGGGCUCGCCGCCGGGGUGGAGGCGCUCAAGGACUCCAUCCGGGGCCUCGACGUCGGCGUGCUCGUCAACAACGCCGGGGUCUCGUACCCGUACGCCCGCUACUUCCACGAGGUGGACGAGGAGCUCAUGCGGAGCCUCAUCCGGGUCAACGUCGAGGGCGUAACGCGGGUCACCCACGCCGUGCUCCCGGGCAUGGUCGACAGGAAGCGUGGCGCAAUCGUCAACAUCGGCUCCGGUGCUGCCUCUGUCGUGCCGUCCGAUCCACUCUACUCCGUCUACGCCGCCACCAAAGCGUACGUUGACCAGUUCUCAAGAUGCCUCUAUGUUGAGUACAAGGGUAAGGGCAUCGAUGUACAAUGCCAGGUGCCCUUGUACGUGGCAACAAAGAUGGCAUCAAUCAGGAGGUCUUCCUUCCUUGUGCCAUCCGCGGACACCUAUGCUCGUGCUGCUAUUCGCCACAUUGGCUAUGAGCCGAGGUGCACACCGUACUGGCCACACUCUGUUCUGUGGUUCUUGAUCUCCCUUCUCCCAGAGUCGCUGGUGGACAGUACGCGCCUCAGCAUGUGCAUCAAAAUCCGCAAGAAGGGGCAGGCUAAGGAUGCCAAGAAGAAAGCGCAGUGAUGAUUCAUUGUUGAGAUCUGCCAUGUUUGUUCGUCAUGUGUAACGAAUCAGUAUUUGUAGCUCUGUUGUCGGCAUUUCAACAUCAUUACCUUCGCAUCACACUUGAUUGAGACUGUUGUUGUUCCUACCACGGUUAUGAAGCACAAAUCUGUAAUACCUUAUCUCCAACUGAAUGUAACGCCAGCUGCACUCAAGGUGAAAUGAUACUAACUAAACUUUUUGCUGGCUUCUAA